CACUUGGUAAUGUUUGCUGUCGGCUGACAUGCCUUCCGCAGAGUUCUCACCACUGCCUACCUCUCUUACAGACUCCCUCUGGCGGACGCUGGAACGGGACACCCUGCACUCACAGCAGCUGGCCUUUGCGCAAGGCACCCACGCCAACCACCAGACACAAUUCCGUGCUUAUCUCCUGUUCUGCUCGUUCUUCAAUCUCCAGCCACUUCCCGCCAGCCCACACCAGCUCGCCUGCUAUGCACAGUUCCUCAGUCGCUCCAUGAAAUCGCCAGCCACCAUCUCACAUUACCUCUCCGCCGUCAACUUGCUGCACAGGAUGCACGGUCUCGCACCUUGUCCUCAUUCCACAUUCGAGGUCAAACAAACUCUCCGAGGCAUCACCAAAACUCUGGCCCACAGACCCAGGGUGCGACACCCCAUCACUCCCGAGGUUCUGCUCCGUCUACGACGCCACUUGGACCUCUCCUGUCCGCGGGACCUCGUCGUCUGGUCUGCCAUCCUCCUCGGGUUCUUCACAUACCUGCGAAAAUCCAACCUCGUGCCUCCUUCAACCAACAAGUUCGACCCCACGAAACACCUCGCGCGCCAGAACGUUCUGGUUUUCCACGCCGGCCUUCUGGUAACAGUGGCAUGGUCUAAAACCGUGCAGGCCAAUGAACGCUCGAUCACAAUCCCUGUGCUUGCCAUUCCCGAUCAUCCCUUGUGCCCGGUGACCGCGUUUCGCAAGAUGUUAGCUGCUCUGCCAGGGCAGCCUACGGACCCAGCCUUCCUACUCCCCAAAACCUCCAAGCAGCGCCAGAACUGUCUCACAACGUCCACGCUCGAAAAAUCCUUCGCGUCUCUCAUCGCAGCAGCAGGUUUCCCAAAAGGCUUCUUCACUCCGCAUGACCUCCGAAGGGGAGGGUACACACUGGCCUUUGAGGCCGGCGUUCCGCGCGAGUUACGCAGGGCUCACGGCGACUGGAGGUCCGACGCAGAUCUCCUGUAUCUCCAGCUCUCUCUCCGGCAACGUCUUCGUCUACCGGCUGCCAUGCGAACCGUCAUACAAUCAAGGCACGAGCGUGACAACCCACAAAUCACGUGAAUAACUCAAAAUUCCGAAUAACUAUAUACAACAAAUCCUUCCAUACUCUACACUACCGGUGUUUGGCCCGUGCUUCGCCGGAUUGGCCACAGUUUGGUCAAUUAAAGACCUCUGCUGCCAAACACCGGUCUCUGACUCCUUACCUGUCUCCAUCAAAAACUGAGAGGUGUAAUU